AUUUUUUUGAAAAAAAAAAUACAAAAACACGUUUAUAGUUGUAUAAUGUAUUACAAUAACAGUUGGAAUCACUAAUAGUUAAAAUACGCGGCCCCUUUUUUUCCAUGGUCGUGUCUUGUUCACCCUAACCUCAGUUUUUGUACCAAUGGAAUCUAACAAUUCCCGCAAAAAACUCAUUAAAAAACUGCGAAAGCACCAACACACUGUUGGGAAAGAAACCGGAGUCGUCUGUACCGACAGCCCCACGAAAAACCUUGUAAUUUGCAAUACUGGCCAAAUUAACGGCUUAACUGAGGAAAUAAUCGUUGAACACUUCGAAAAAUACGGUCACCUCGACCGCGUUUUACUAGUUCCUGGAAAAUCGUGCGCUUUUUUGAGCUAUAAAGACACCUCAAGUGCUUCAGAAGCAUUGGAGGCUGUUAGCGGUAAAUUGAAUAUAGCCCAAGACGGCAAACCGAUUUUUUUGAGUUUUGUUGAGGCUUUGCCUGAGAUAAGGGAUGCGAAAAUUUGGGGGCGCCUCCCGCCAGGUUUGAGGAUAAUUACGAAUUUUGUUAGUGAGGAAGAAGAGGCAAGAUUGUUGGCUUUGUGCCAGUUUGAAGAUGGCGGAAGCAUGAAACACAGAUUAGUAAAACACUACGGUUAUGAGUUUCGUUACGAUAUUAACAAUGUUGAUAAAGAGAAGCCGUUAAGUGAGGGAAUCCCCCAAGAGUGCGAUUUUUUAUGGAGACGCCUUCCGUUUGAAUUCCGCCCCAAUCAGUUAACAAUCAAUCGGUACAAUCCCGGACAGGGGAUUCCCUCACACGUGGACACCCACAGCGCGUUCGGGGACCCCAUCCUGUCUCUAAGCCUCAGUUCUGACGUUGUGAUGGAAUUCAAAAAAGACGAAACGAUUUGUGUUCUUUUACCCCGAAGGUCGUUACUUGUAAUGGCAGGGGAGAGUAGGUACGAAUGGACGCAUGGGAUCGUGCCCCGAACUUUUGAUUUUUACAAUGAUGAAGGGGGCUGUCAUUGUUUCAAACGCGGGGUUAGGGUGUCUUUCACCUUCAGAAAAAUCAGGAAAGGGGGAUGUAACUGCAGUUACAAAUUACAGUGCGAUUCGCAAACUGCGACCAAAAUUAUUGAGAGCGAUUUGUUAGCCCAUAAGUUGGAAAAUCAACACGUUCAUGAUGUUUAUGAGGAUAUUGCCGGGCAUUUUAGCGAAACUAGACACACACCGUGGCCAAAUGUUCUAAAUUUUGUGCAAAAGCUCGAAAUUGGGGCUGUUUUGGUGGACGUGGGGUGUGGCAAUGGGAAGUAUUUUGGACACAACAGACAAAUUGUGGAGUUGGGCACCGACCGCAGCUUCAAACUCAACAACCUUUGCAAACACCGUGGUUUUGAAGUCUUCACCGGCAAUUGCCUCAACCUCCCUCUAAAAAACUCAUCAGCCGAUGCUGUUAUCAGCAUUGCCGUAAUCCACCACUUAUCAACACCCGAACGCCGGCUAAAAGCCCUCAAAGAAAUCGUCCGAAUCCUUCGAAUUGGCGGCGAAGCUCUUAUUUACGUUUGGGCGAAACAACAAAUCAAAAACGACGAAAAAUCAACCUACAUUAAACAAGACCGGAAAAAUCGGAAAAAGGAAGUUAUCGGAAGUGUUACCAAGGAGGAAGUUAGUGUGGGGGAGGGUGUGACUUUACCAGUGCACACGAACAGGGCAAACUUCACCCACAGUGAUGUCUUAGUGCCUUGGAAAUUGAAAGGGGAGGAGCAGGAGCGGACGUUUUUGAGGUUUUAUCACGUUUUUGAGGAGGGGGAGCUUGAGAGUUUGUGCCAAAGCAUCGGGAAUGUUUCCAUUGUGAAAAGUUAUUACGACCAAGGGAAUUACUGUGUACAGUUUGUAAAAAACAAUAAAUAAACUAAAAGUAAAAUAA